AAACCAAUCUGACAGAGAGAGAAAGCGUCUGCGCUCCUAUGCCUUGUUGCGUUUUUAACAAUGAAAAUGUUGACCACAGAAAUUGAUAUGAUUUUUUCUUGACACUGGUUCAUCAAAAGUAAAAAAGCAGGAUUGAUCUGCGACUUUAAGUGGAACACCAAAGCUGUAGUUCGUGUCUUAAACCUGCGGCAGACGAGGAGAGGCUGGUGUCUUCGCAUGAUGCAUUGCAGCACCUCGGCGAAAAUGGGUGAUUUUAGCCUUAUUCUCAGACCAGGCUGUCUGAUUAGAGAUGUCGGCUGGCUUCUUUAGCCACGGUGUAAGAUUAGAUCCGUGCUGGACUCCAAACGCAGCGUCCCAUGUGGUGCAACAUGGGCCCCAUCAUGCAGGAGCGCACGGCUUCCACUACACUGAAGCGCGUCGUUUCCAAGGAGAAGAUACGAGUAAAGAAUACGGAGAACAACGGCUCAUUUAGCAGCUCAAAGAAAUGUAACAAGACCACGAAGGCUGUGAGCCAAAUGAAAAAUGGUCUCCCAGGACCAGAUCAGGAUAAGGACAAAACACUCUCACAAAGGGGUGCUCCGUCUAAAAGUGGCAGGAUGAAGUCCAGUGCUUCACAGAACGCCAGCAAGGUCUCAAGUCCUGAUGAAGAUGGAUGUUCAAGACCUCAACUUCGCAAACAGUCAUCUGCACACAUGAAAGAGGAAAAGCGAGAAAAUCGACGACUGUCGCCUUGCGGUACUGAGCUCCUACCAAAUCGUCAAGGGAUGGGGAAAAGUCGUCGAGCCCUCUCUCUGCCCAUUUCUCCUAUAUCCGGACUACGCCACUCUCCGUCCAACCCCCUAUCACACUCCCCUGCUCCAACUCCAGAAGCACUACAGCAGCAAUACAACCAAAAAGAAGAAGACUCUGACAGUGCCAGUGAUCUGUCAGAUUCGGAGCGACUGCCUGUACUGCCCUCGCCAUGUACACCAUGCACCCCUCCCCACCUCAACCUUCGGGCAGAGAUCAUUAACACAGAGGACUUCCUCCCUGACUUGCCCGGACCACAUGGGACGGUUGGGGAUGAAGUUGAGAGUGAGAAACCCACCUACAAUUACUCAGAUUUCUUGCCUCCUCCGUUUAACUGCUGGAGCCUGAGGCAGCUGGCGGUGUUCCUUCACACAGAUGGUCGUGGCGCCCCCCGGCCCAAACCUGUGGGGCCGUUAGAAAAGUACUUGGAAAGGCUGCUGCAGCUAGAGUGGCUUCAAAUCCAAACGGUGCAAGCAGAGAGCAGCCGCCCCCCAGGGGGUCGUGCAAGGCCGCAGAGUUUCCCCUCUUUCGCGGCCGCGCCCUCUGCCAGGCCUCACACAGCCCCUUCUUCCCGACUCAACUCCCCCAAAGGGCUACGGCAAAGUUCUCGAGCCUUCCCAUACACACCUGUCAGCAACCUGCCGUCACCUGCCUCAGCUCAACAUCAGCUCUCCCGAUUCCCAGUUUGUCCACACUGUCACAUCCGCUACCCACUCUGCAAUGGGAGUUGCUCUGCCUACGCCUAUCAGCGCCACUCACGGCUCAGUCCAUUGCUUGAGCGCAGGGGACAACCAGGAGGUGCAGCUAAGAGAAGCAGCAGCGAGACUCGGGUCGCCUCCAAUGAAGGUAGGAGCCCUGGGGCGCAAGGUGGAGGAGCCCGAACGCCAGUCAGCCCCCCAGCUGGGAGGAGUCAUCUCAGGCACAUGCAGGCUGCAGGCAAUGCCCGGAAGCAACAACAGGAAGCCAGCACUGACCAAAGGGGCAAAGGGCAGGUGAGAAAAAGCCGCGUCAGGGCCAACUCUGAGACGGAUGUGAAAAAGGAGCCAGGCGGGGUUAAAGGUGGAGCUGCCGAGAAACGGGGACAUGCUGGAAGCAAGAGGGAGCUCAUCUCCUCCAAGAGAGAUGAGAAGGACUGCCAGAGGGGAGAGGCGGGAAAUCAGGCCUCUAAAACUGCCACGAAAAGAGCUGCUAAAGAUCCAUCAAGUCUCUCUAAAACUCCACCUAGCAGCCACAGCAUUCCUAAAAAUGGAAAAACAAAAAAUGUGCACUUUGUUGCUAAGUAACCCAUUUAAGCCUGAAAUAUAGUGCUUUAGUUAGUGGUUACUUGGUGAUUUCAAAACCUAUGCUUGCUCUGUGUAAAAUCUGUGUAAAACUAUCAUGCUCUAGCUCCUACAGUAUACAGCAAGAUAAACAGCCUUUAAUAAACGGUAGACACGGUCCAUCAUUCAGAAACUAGUAGAUGAAUAGGAUAAUAUAGGUGCAUCCUGAUCUUAAAAUUUUCAAAAACCCACAAAAGUAUAUUCUGUAGAUCAAUACCACAAAUAUAUAAACACAUAUAUUCCUGUGUCUGAUGGGGUUUUAAGGAAGCCCAGUCUCUUUAAUAGCAGCCUUCAGCUCAUCUGCUUUAAUUGAUGUGCUUUGGGCAACUUUUACAUUUUUUCCUCCUGAUUAGUUUUCCAAAGACAGCACUCUCUAAACAGCCAGCUUUGUUAGCAGUUACCUCUUGUGACUUCCCUGCCCUGUGAAGGUGCUCCAUGACUCUCGGCUGGACAUCUGUCCAGUAAGUGAACUUUCCCAUAGUUGUGUAGUCCAAAUCUAUGCUCACAUUUCUUUAAAAAAAGACAUAUAUACCUGCAAUAUUCAGGUAUUAUAGGAAACUACAUUUGAGCUGUUGUUAACUGUAGGGUAGAAUCAUCAAAAAAGAAAAGCUUGAAAUAUUUUACAUUGUCUUAAAUCGAUAUGAUUUUCACUUAUUUGAUCAAAUUACUUAAAUAAAAAAAAAAAAAGCUUUUCAAUGAUAUUCUAAUUUAUUCAGACCAAAUCCUUUUGGUGGCAUUUAUUUCAAAUGUAGAAUAAUAUGCUUAAUGUUGAAUUCUGCUUAGACAUAAGGCUUAGAUGUAACAUGGAGACAGCUGGGAUUAUACUCUGAAUUUUAAUGCACUGCACUCUCAUCCCUCAGUUCUCUGCUACUGUAAGAUAAGAGAUUAAAUGAAUGACAGCAGGUAUGAGCAUCAGUGAUGCCUAAUGAUGUUUAGAACAAGUCACUGCAUUUCAUUUUUUUUAAAUCCAGCAACUUCUGAUGUUUGAAUUUAAUCUUUAAUAGUUUUUUUUUUAUUAUUCUUUCAUGAUUCUGUCUUUUAACAGAAAUUGAGGCACUGGAUUGAGGUGUGACUUGUGUAAGGCAUUGUACUUCAUCCAGUGUGUGUUUUUUUAUUUUUGUUUCUAAGUGCUUUGCAUCAUUGAACAGCUAGAAUUGUAAUAUUUUGAUGCAUUUCAAAUGGAGCCGAGCUCGUCUUGUCGUUGAGGGCCAUGGAUUGUUUGUUACGAAUGUAAAUGUGUAUUUUUCCAGAAUUUCUAUACCAUAGUUAUAUUUAUGGGACAUAGUGCUUGACUCUUAUUUAUUAUUGUCAUCUACAUGUUUACAUGGUCACAAUCUAGAGAAAAUCUUUUUGUGGAAGAGCUGAAUGUAUCUUCUCUGGCCUCUGCAGUCAUCCCAAGAAUUUGAAUGGAGUUUUGUCAUAUCAUGGCGGGUCGGCUGUAAUAAUGAUGUGCAAAUCACCUCCACGUUAUGCUGCAUACAUAACGUUUGUUAAGCAUUGUUAAUAUUAUAGUGCUUUAUCCAUAUUUGUAGUUUGAUUUAAACGUUCAAAGCACUAAAUUAAUGUAAAUGUGAUGUACUCUGACUGCACUCAUUGAGUAUAUAUUUAUGUUAAAUGUCAAAGCCAUAGUCAAAGGAUCAGGACAUGCAAAUGGUGUUAAGGUGUACACUAUGACGCACGCUGAAAGAUUGUGGUAUUUUAUUUUUUCUCAGUGUUGGAUGCAAGUAUUUGUAAGGCAUAGAAAUAAACGUUUUGGACACAACAAUACUGAUCCUAU